CUUGAUAUAAAAAGAUGAAGCAUCAGCCAGUGAGCCAUACGGAGUAAUCCACAUCCAAAGGGACCAUGAUGAAGAGCUGUUUUGUUCUUAUUCUGCUGCUUGCUGGUGCUGCAUCAGGGGCCAUCGAGAAGAGGAUCGUUGGGAGUCAAUCCUGUAACAAGGAGAGGCAGUACCAUGUCGAGAUAGACACUGUCAAAGGGGGGAGACCCUGUGGAGGAGCUCUGCUCAACACCCGCUGGGUCAUCACUGCUUCUCACUGCGCAGAACGGCUUGUGACACUGAAGUUUGCCUUAAACUAUGAUGAGUCAAUUUUUAAGUCAAUAAAAUCCUUCUUUAAAGGAAAGUCCGUAAAAACAGAGCAAAAAAUCGCGGAAAAGCAACAGUUUACCUUCAAAGGCGAAGAUGAGCAAGUCCACGACAUCAUGCUCAUAAAACUGAACGAGGAUGUGUCCCCUAAACUUCCCACCAUCCAACUUCCUACCGCUGAGUGUAAGAGGCCCGAGCUGAAACAGCAGGUUGAAAUUGGAGGCUGGGGAGCAAAGACGGCCGACCCAAAAAAUACCAAAGACCCCAAAAAGCUGAAGUGUGCCAACACAGAGAUUGCUGAGUGUCAUGAAAAUGAUAAACCUGAUGGGAAAUACUUCAGUGAUGAAGCUACCACCAUGUGUGCCUUUAAAUCUGGCGUGGAGUCCUGUGCUGGUGAUGCAGGUACAGCUGUGGAGUAUAAUGAUAUCUUGUAUGGGGUCGUUGUCAGCGAACCUGUUGAUACGUGUGCAAAAACGAUUGUAAUGCUGGAUAUCUGUUACUACCUCAAGUGGAUUGAAGAAACCAUGCGCGACAAUGCAUGAGUAAACCGGUUAACAGGUUAAGACCGAGACCACAAACGGACUUAAAAAGUAAAUAUCAAUCUUAUAUUUUUUCAUUUAUAAGCAUUAUUACUUGUCAAACCAAUUUAAUUAUGUCAGUAGUUGACUUUAGAGUAAAACUGAAACGAUUACAGGAGAGUUAAUGCCAGCUGGUUUUGUACUCAACGUUGUGUAGAUAAAAUAUUUUAUAAUUGAAGCAAACAAAAUGUUUUAAAGAUAUCUGUAAUCCAAUUCUCUCUUUUUCUCAUCUUUUUCAAUAUAUGAUUGAAAUGAAAAGCAUGAUUUGGAUAUUCCCAUAUUAUAACCAUUCUUCUCCCACUAUACAGUCGGUAAAUCCAUUUUUUUCCAUGAAUAAAAAGAUGUGAUUUCCCACA